ACAAAAAGAAUAAGAAAGGGAAGAACUUUGGAAGUGAUUAAACGAAGCAUUUAGAAGAAUCCGUUCAAAGGAAAGUGUCAAUAGUGCUUUAGAGCUUUAAUGAGAUUUUAAAAAGAGUAUAUAUAUAUAUAUAUAUAUAUAUAUGUAUAUACAUACAAUUGUUAUCAUGUAAAUGUAGUUUGUGGACAUUGUUUAAAGUAUAUCAAAUAAAUAGGAUAUACCAUACUUUAUUAAAGAAAGAAAAAAGAAGAGAAAAAAAUACACAAAAGAUAUUCAAGAAUAAGUGAUACUUAUACUUAUAUAUUAAAAGGCCUAUUCUAUAAAGUAUACUUCUUUGUAUACACACGUUUAUAGGAUCCAAAAGGUAAAAGUUCAUUUGGAAUAUCAAGCAUAUAUUCAUAUUGCUUAUUAGAGCGUGCUUUUGCGAACUGCUUUUCUGAAAUUCUUUUCAAAAUGGCAAGUGCCUCAAGAAAAAGAGUAUUAAUUGGUUGCACUGGUAGCGUCGCGACGAUUAAACUGCCUCUUUUAGUGGAUAAAUUAUGGAAAAGUAAUUUGGAAGUAAGAGUUGUCGUUACUGAAAGGGCAAAACAUUUUUUAAAAGAGGCUGAGUUACCACCAGGAAUUCAGGUACUAUCGGAUACAGUGGAAUGGGCUGCAUGGCAAGAUAGAGGUGAUCCGGUAUUACAUAUUGAUCUGGUUAAAUGGGCAGAUCUAUUUUUAAUUGCACCGAUAGAUGCUAAUACUCUUGGUAAAAUGUCUUCUGGAAUAUGUGACAAUAUACUCACUUGCGUAGCUCGUGCUUGGGAUCCUUCAAAACCUUUAUUGUUUUGUCCUGCAAUGAAUACAAAGAUGUGGGAACAUCCGAUUACUGCACAACAGAUUUCAUUACUUAAAUCAUGGGGUUAUAGAGAAUUACCAUGUAUUUCUAAAACUCUUAUGUGCGGUGAUACUGGAAUAGGUGGAAUGGCAGAGGUAGAUACGAUUGUUCAAACAACUCUAAGAUUACUCAAUCCAUGGGAUCCGUAUUCUCCACCUGAUCUGCGCAUGUAGCAGGAGGUUGAACCUGUAUACCGAAGGAGAUGUUACUCAGGAACGUAUCAAAGGAAUGAGCGCACAUAGGAUACAUUAAAAGAAUAAAAUUGAGAUUUUAAAGGUUCCAAGAGAGUCGAUGCAGUAUCUUCUGAUAGAGUUCAAAAAUAUUUUAUGGCUCAAUUACGCUUAAUGUGUUUUAAGAUUUGCGGAAACGUAACUUCAGAAUUUACAAAGAUCAUACUGCCAUCUCUCUCUCUCUCUCUCUCUCUCUCUCAAUUGGAAUAUUUAGAAAUAUUAAAAAUUCAUUGAAUUACAGGCCACAGAGAAUAAAGGAACAAGGUUCUGAUUUUAGUUCACAUUGCCAAACUAUAAAUACUCCAUUAAAAUAAAUUCUUUUCGAAUGGAAAAUGUACAAUAAAACAUCAAUUGUAAAAAGAUUUGUAAAGAUGCCUAGGUAUCUUUUUUCUAGUCUGUUAAAACAAAGUGAACUUGAAUCAUUGCCAUAUAUCAAUGCAACCUCAAUCAAAAUGGUAUCAUUUAAAAUGAUAAAUAAUAAUAGAAAGUAAAUAUUAUAAAGUAUAAAUAUUUAAAAUACAAUUCAAUGGAUUUGAACAGGGAAAAUGUGUAAUAAGCCCUACAACAAGUGUCAAAUGAUGUAUAAGAUAAUGAAAAAAAUCACAUAGCUUAUUAUCAUAAUGUUCUUUUAUAGAAAACUGUUGGUGUAUGUAACUAUUCUUUUUUUUCUUUUCUUUUUUUUUUUUUCUCGCAAGUAUUCAAUGAACAUGCACAUACAUUUUUUCAUCGUAGCUUCAAAGUGUCACUCAAUAAAAUGUAAUCAACUGUUAGACAAGUAGAUAGAUACUUUUGAUUGAGGCUGUAAAUUUUCUCUGUUAGUUGUGAAAAUUGUAAAAAUUGUAAAGAAAAAAAAAAAAAGGAGAGAAAAGAAAAGAAAAAUUCUGUUGAACAUAUCGUUUAAAGUUGUUUCACCAAAUGCAAAUGUACAUGUUUUUGUUAAAUAAAUAAAUAAAUAUAUAUAUAUAUAUAGAAAUAAUAUAUGUAUAUAUUAUAAACAUAUAUACACAUACACACACAAACACAUAUAUAUAUAUAAUAAUAGCCAAAAAUAUUUUCUAAUUCAAUUAUGUUUAUCAUUUAUUAUAAAGCAAAAGAUCUUGUUCAAUAAACAGUUACAUAAAAAUUACACGACAGAUUUAAUAAAGAAUUACAUAGUAUUUCCUUUCUUUAUAAAAAGGAUUACAUUAAGAGAAAUCAUCAUUUCUCAUCUCCCUCUUUCGUGUGUAAAAAAAAUCGCUUUAUUAUAUAUAUACAUUUAUAUAUAUAUAUAAUAAUGAAGCGUAAAUUUAUAAUAGGAUAUAGAAUUAUAUCAUUUAUUAUUAUCGUUCCAUUAUAUUCUAAUUUUUUUUUUCUUUGUAUUUGGAAUACCUGGAGAGGUGGAAAAAUGCACGUAUAAGGAUGAUAUGUAAAACAAAAAAGAGAAAUAAAGAAAAAAAAAAAAUCUAUACUGUAUUAAAAAAAAAAAAAUUAAACGUUACUAUUCCAUGGUAAA